AUGAGCGACAUACUCCGUGCAGUAUCAUUAUUUUUACCUCCAGUAAAAGAGUUCCAUGGAAAACCUGAACUUGCACGGAAAAUCAGGCCGGUCUCGUUCGAAACCAUAUACCAAUCGUCAACGCAAGAUUCAAACGAUAGCUUGGCUCUUACUCAUAUUAUCCAGAGUGUUACCGAGGAAAGUUACGAGAGUCGGCCUCACCUUCUUCUUUUCCUCGCGGACCAAACCCAGAAUCCGAGGCAUAUUCCAGAAAUCAUGGGCGCCUUUUACCCCGCCACUCCGAAGAAAAAUGCUACUAAAGAAGAGGAUAUGUGUGAGGAAACAGGCAAAACUGAAGUCGUUCCCCUACAGGUCGGCCUUCCACAGCUUCUCUUCCAACUUCAACCAAAUCUCAGUUUAUUCCGACUCGAUGAAACGAAACAUACCUCUCCACCUUCGGUACAUGGAUUUGCAGAGCGGUAUGUCGACAACCUAGCUGCAAAGUACUGGAUAGGCGACCUAGAGGAGUCCGAAGUCGGCUUGAGAAUUGAUCCAGUGACGAGACAGGCGACGUUCGUGCUGAAUCAGGUCGCUGCCAAUCGGUGCCAAAAUAUAUACAAGGACGUGCUCACGAUUAACGAGAAACGCGAGGCUUCGGGUGAGAAGAUGGACGACGGUAUUAGGGCAAGCUUCACGGUUACUCAGGUUGCCGUCUACAGGGUAUAUGGUGGCGACGAGUUUGACCCUUGGAAGGCUAAUGCAGAUGGAGUGAUAAGACAAGUUUAA